AUGACGCGUCUAUCGUGGAUUCCCCUACUUGGCAUCGCUACCUUGGCGAGCUUAAGCGCCGGGCUACCAACAAACCCGGAGAACACCGCGGUCCCAAAACCGACAUGGAAGCGUUUCUCCACGGGAAGCGACGCGCGUUUUCGCGGCUUAGCACCCGUGUCGGAUAAGAUCGCGUGGGUAUCAGGAACGAGCGGAACUGUUCUUCGCUCUACAGACGGCGGCAACACCUGGGCAUCCGUCGGCCCUGAACUAUCGGAGGCGGAUUCCGCACUCGAGUUCCGCGACGUCGAAGCGUGGUCUGCCGAUAAGGCCGUCAUAUUGUCAAUUGGCGAAGGUAACAGUUCGCGCAUCUACGUCACGGAUGAUGGCGGCGUGACCUGGGCACAAUCGUUCACGAAUCAGGAACCCACCGCGUUUUACGACUGUAUCGCGUUUGAGAGUGCGAAGCGGGGAAUGGCGAUGAGCGACCCGGUCGAUGGGAAGAUCCGGUUAAUCGAGACGCAUGACGGCGGCGCGAGUUGGGAUAUCGUCGACUCGGACGGUAUGGUCCCGGCGCUCGAAGGCGAGUCGGGGUUCGCUGCGAGUGGAACGUGUCUUGCGACAACGGCCGGCCGCUGGUAUGUUGCGUCGGGGGGUGUUAACCCUGGCCGCAUAUUCAGAAGUAACGAUGGACACCAUUGGGGCGUUUCCGAUGCUUCUAUAACCGGCGGCGAGGGUUCCGGUGUCUUCUCGGUACAGUUUCGAGAUGCGAAGCGCGGCAUUGCUGUUGGCGGAAACUAUUCGGCGCCUACCGGAGCUAUUAACAAUGCAGCGUGGUCAAAAGACGGCGGUGUGACUUGGAUCCCUUCCAAGUCAUUUCCCUCCGGUUAUCGCUCGGGGUCUUCUUGGGUUCCUGGGCGCUAUAACGUAGCUCUUGCGGUAGGCCCAACGGGUUCGGACUAUACUCUCGAUGGAGGUAUGAAUUGGCAUAUUUUUGAUAACAGUAGCUUGGAUAGUGUCGAGUGUGUAAAGGGGGGCACAUGUUGGGCAUCUGGAGAAAAGGGUGCGGUGGCACGCCUUGUAUUUGCGUAA